GGACCUCUCCCGAAUCCAUAGGGCAACGCAGUUGAUGUAGCUUCUGGUUGUAUUCGUGAGAGCCCAGGGCGUCACCACUUCCUCGUUCUAUUUUUCCGGCCUCAUAAAAACAAAGCGGGAGUAUUGGGAGGAGGAUAAGCUUGGGAAGAGCCUGGCCACAUUGGUGGCUAUGACAACCACCACUUCCGGUCCGUUCCUCUUUACGGCCUACCUCAGCGCUGCCCGCGCGAAAUUUGUAUCCCUCUGCUUGUGUCCACCUGCUCCUGGGGAGCAGUGCAGGGUGGAGGAGGAGGAAGACAUCGAAGAGCCCUCCCAUUGGGGGCCCCAGAUCGCCACUUCCGGUGGCCAGAGGUAGGGAAGGAAACGAUCCCGACCCAGAGGGGACAGGUGAGGAGGAGAGGACGUGCCUCGCCGAGGCAGCUGCGAGGAGCGUGCCCAAGGGCGAAGGUCCAGGGAGCCCGGCUCCCGCGCACCGAAGACGGCCGCCAUGCCGGCCCGUUGUGUGGCCGCCCACUGCGGCAACACCACCAAGUCUGGGAAGUCGCUGUUCCGCUUCCCCAAAGACCGGGCCGUGCGGCUGCUCUGGGACCGCUUCGUGCGGGGCUGCCGCGCCGACUGGUACGGAGGCAAUGACCGCUCGGUCAUCUGCUCUGACCACUUUGCCCCAGCCUGUUUUGACGUCUCUUCGGUUAUCCAGAAGAACCUGCGCUUCUCCCAGCGCCUGAGGCUAGUGGCAGGCGCCGUGCCCACCCUGCACCGAGUGCCCGCCCCGGCAUCUAAGGGGGAAGAGGAGAGAGACCAAGCAGGCCGCCCGGACACGGGAGGAGAGCUCCAGGCAGCCAGGCAUUCUGAGACUGUCCCAGAUCCAGUCUCCUGUACACAUCCACGAGCUGGGAAGCAGGCUGCGGCUUCACAGAUUACGUGUGAAAAUGAAGUUGUGCAAACCCAACCCCAUGCUGAUAAUCCAUCUAAUACUGUCACUUCAGUACCUACUCACUGUGAAGAAGGCCCAGUGCAUAAAAGUACACAAAUUUCUUUGAAAAGGCCCCGUCACCGUAGUGUGGGUAUUCAAGCCAAAGUGAAAGCGUUUGGAAAAAGACUGUGUAAUGCAACUACUCAGACAGAUGAAUUGUGGUCUAGAGCUUCCUCUCUCUUUGACAUUUACUCCAGUGAUUCAGAAGCAGAUACAGACUGGGAUAUCAAGAGUGAACAGAGUGAUUUGUCUUAUAUAGCUGUACAGGUGAAAGAAGAAACAUGUUAAAAACUCAACAUCAAAUGCUCUGAUGUGCUAUAGAUUUUCAAAUCUUUACUCACAUAAUUAUCUCUUUGCUAUUAUAAAUCUUUCACCUCAAGAUAAUUUGACAGUUGAGUAUCAGCAAAAUUUGUUUAGCUCUAAGGCAAAAUUUGCUUGCUUGCCAACACAAUGAAGAUAAUCCCUAUCCACAAACAUGCCUAUUCUCUACUUUCACCUUUUUUUUUCUUUCUUUUAAUCCUUUUGGUAGAAAUCAGAUUACAAAGCAAAACCACAAUAUCAACAACAUUUCCUAAUCAAAAUUAAGCAUUGAAUAUUUAUUUAAGCUUAGUUCAGAAGCAGUGCUCCUACGGGACUUGACAUUUGCUAGUUAGAAUGUCACUACUCUUCUAAAUAAUUUGAAGGUAUAGAGCAAUAACACAGUAACAGUGAGCACAGCCAAGCCUGACACUACUAAAUGAUUUGGUAGUGAAGCCAGGACAUCUACCCUUGACUAUUUUUUAUGUUAUUUACUUAUUAGUUUGUCCAUUUGUAACAUAUAUGGAUCUGUCCUGUGAGCAUUUCUGAUGAAUCUAUGGUUCUUACAGAAAUUUUUCAAAGGGAAUCAAUUUAGAGAUAGAGUUUUCAUAUACUUACAUUAACUUAUUAAUGAAAUCUGUUUGCAUCAGUGCUUACUGCAACACAUUAAUUAGCUUGAUUAAUUUAGAUUAGAAUCAUUAACAUCAUGAAAAAAAAAAAUACUACAUUUCUAACGUAUUCCCAUUGCAGGUGUUAGGUUUUUUUUCGUCAACACUUCUCUUUUGAAUUCUACAUUUGAGAAAUAAACAUGGAAAUAUUAGCUGCCCCGUCUGCCAUUCACCAGGAAAAAUUUCUAUGGCAAUUUUGGACCAUGAAGUAAACUGUUAUAAUAGUUUCUGAGAACCAUACUAUAACUUUGAUCUUCCAUUGAGAAUAACAAAAAUAAAUAUCCAUUUUACACCUCAUAUGUCUUCUUAGUUCUGGAUGAUUAGAAGAAUUUGCAUGUAUUUUUAUCCUAGAAGGUUUAAAUAAUACAUCAAAGUUAUUUUCUUCCAAAUCUAAUUUUAUGUCUGCUUUAAUUUGAAUAGUGUAAUUUUAAUUUUAA